GGAGCGGGAGCGGAGCGGAGCGGCGGCCAGACACAGGCGCGGAGGCUCCAGCGAGCGAGGAGCGAGCGGAGGGAGGGAGCGAGGAGCAGGCACCCGCCCGCCAUCCGCCGCCAUCCCGCCGCCGCCGCCAUCGCCCGGCCCCACAGCCCGCGGACAGACCAGGCAGAUUGGGGCGGCGCCGAGAACAAUUUCCUUACUAGAUGACAUUUCAUCGCAAUGUCCGAUCGUUUGGGGCAAAUAACCAAGGGCAAGGAUGGGAAAAGCAAGUAUUCGACGCUCAGCCUGUUUGAUAAGUAUAAAGGAAAAUCAGUAGACGCAAUCAGAUCCUCAGUUAUUCCUAGACAUGGCUUACAGAGUCUCGGGAAAGUUGCCACAGCCCGGCGUAUGCCACCGCCCGCAAACCUGCCAAGCUUGAAGUCUGAAAACAAAGGAAACGACCCCAACAUCGUUAUAGUACCCAAGGACGGGACGGGAUGGGCAAACAAGCAGGACCAGCAAGACCCAAAGAGUUCCAGUGCGACGGCCUCUCAGCCGCCGGAGUCGCAGCCGCAGCCGGGUUUGCAGAAAUCUGUCUCCAAUUUACAGAAGCCGACUCAGUCAAUCAGUCAGGAGAACACAAGUACAGUGCCAGGUGGACCAAAGUCAUGGGCACAGCUGAAUGGAAAGCCAGCAGGACACGAAGGUGGUUUAAGGGGCUCAAGCCGACUCUUAUCCUUCUCUCCCGAGGAAUUUCCGACGCUGAAAGCAGCUGGAGGGCAGGACAAGGCUGGCAAAGAAAAGGGCGUCUUAGAUCUGUCGUAUGGGCCCGGACCAAGCCUCCGCCCUCAGAAUGUGACCAGCUGGAGGGAGGGCGGUGGGCGAAACAUAAUUUCUGCCACGUCUCUGAGCGCCGCCCCCACUGAGCUGGGCAGCAGGAACGCGAGUGCGGGAGACGGAGCCCCCUCCUCGGCAUGCACCAGCGACUCUACGGACCCCUCUCUCCGCCCGGCGCAGCCUGUCCGCAAAGGGGCUUCACAGUUCAUGGGGAAUGCAUACCACCCACCUACAUACCACGACAUGCUUCCUGCUUUUAUGUGUUCGCCGCAGUCCUCCGAGAGCCCAGGCACCGCGGAGCGAGCCUCCUUCCCGCCCCCGCAGCUCCGCCUGGAGCCCCGCGUCCCGUUCCGGCAGUUCCAGCUGAAUGACCAGGACGGGAAAGACAGCCGGCUGGGGAUGGCCCGCCCGCCCCGCCCGCUCCGGCAGCUGGUGGAGCGGGCGCCGCGGCCCACCAUCAUCAACGCCGAGAACCUCAAGGGCUUGGACGACCUGGACACGGACGCCGAUGACGGCUGGGCAGGCCUCCAUGAGGAAGUGGACUAUUCGGAGAAGUUGAAGUUCAGUGAUGAUGAAGAGGAGGAGGACGUGGUGAAGGACGGCAGGCCACAGUGGAACAGCUGGGACCCAAGGAGGCCGCGGGGGCUGUCAAUGAGCUCUGCAGACAGCGCUGAUGCCAAGCGUGCCCACGAGGAAGGAAAGGACUGGGGCGAAACAGCGGGCAUGGCUCGUAUCGUCCGGAAGGUGCCAGAACCUCAGCCACCUUCCAGGAAGCUUCACAGCUGGGCCUCAGGCCCUGACUACCAGAAGCCCCCCGUGGGCGGCGUGUUCCGGCAGCAGUCCGUGGAGGACAAGGAGGACAAGCCGCCGCCACGGCAGAAGUUCAUCCAGUCGGAGAUGUCCGAGGCCGUGGAGCGCGCCCGGAAGCGCCGGGAGGAGGAGGAGCGCCGCAGCCGGGAGGAGCGGCUGGCCGCCUGCGCCGCCAAGCUCAAGCAGCUGGACCAGAAGUGCAAGCAGGCCCAGAAGGCCGGCGAGGCGCCCCGGCCGGCGGACAAGGAGGCGCCCCGGUCCCCAGCCCCCGAGAAGGCGCCGCCGCAGGAGAACGGCCCCGCCGUCCGCAAAGGCUCCCCCGAGUUCCCUGCCCAGGAAGCCCCCAGCACGUUGUCAGAAGAGGCCCCCCCAGCGCCUGCGGCUGUGGCUCAGAGCGGCGGCAGUGAGGAGGGGCCCGGGGAGGCGGGGUCCCCCGCGCAGGAGUUUGGCAAGUACCAGAAGUCCCUUCCUCCCCGGUUCCAGCGCCAGCAGCAGCAGCAGCAGCAGGAGCAGCUGUACAAGAUGCAGCACUGGCCGCAGGUGUACCCUCCGCCCUCGCACCCGCAGCGCACCUUCUAUGCGCACCACCCGCAGAUGCUGGGCUUCGACCCCCGCUGGAUGAUGAUGCCCUCCUACAUGGACCCGCGGAUCCCGCCCACGCGCACCCCCGUGGAUUUCUACCCCCCGGCCCUGCACCCCUCCGGACUGAUGAAGCCCAUGGUGCCCCCAGACUCUGUCAGCGGGGCGAGCUGUCGCUCUGAGGAGCAGAGCCGGGGCCCCCAACUGCAGGAGCGAAAAGUGACCGCCCUCGACCCCGCCCCGGUGUGGAGCCCCGAGGGCUACAUGGCCCUGCAGAGCAAGAGCUACUCGCUGCCGCCCCCAAAGGCCAGCGACGCUUUGGCCAUGGACAUGCACGUCAGGAAUGAGAGCGCUUACUCUGCCUCACCCGGAAGGCCAGGGGGCGUAGGCGCCCCGCGCGCCCUCCUGGAGGAGAGAGUGGAGGAGUACUUGGGUGCUUUCGACACGAAGGCCCAGGCAGACUUUGACAGCUGUGUCUCUGCCCACAGAAGAGGCCAGGAGCUUUUGUUCCCACCCCCAGACAGUGUGCAGGAUGCAGGGGCUCCUCGGGGUCACACCCCAAACCCCAGGUGCUCCCCACUGGAGCCCGACUUUGCCCCAGCUGAGAAAAAGCCAGAUUAUAGCAGCUGGGACGGUAGCCACCAGCCCACGGCCACACACACAGCCGGCGGCGUGGACAAGGAGGUUCCCCGGGAGGAGCCGCCCUUCAGUGCCUCCUGGGAGAAGGAGGGGAGCCCCCACAAACAGCCGUCCCUGGAGCCCGAGUGGACCCCCGAGCCCCGGGGCCCCGGCAGCCAGCAGCAGGAGCCAACCAGCAGGACCCGGAGGUCGGGGCCCAUCAAGAAGCCAGUGCUGAAGGCGCUCAAGGUGGAGGACAAGGAGAAGGAGCUGGAGAAGAGCAAGCCGGAGCCGGGGGAGGAGAGCACCCGCCCGGCCCCCGAGGAGGCGCCACGGCCCCCGGCCGAGCACGAGGACCAGGAGAACGACCCCACGCUGGCCAACGCCUCCCCCUCCGCCCCGGAGGCCCCGGGCGCCGGCCGCUCUGCCAGCAAGUCUGAAGAGGACGAGAAGCCCGACAGGGGCUGGGAGGCCAGGCCUGCCCGGGAGCCCAGCGACACGCCGCUGACCAAGAGGAGCAACUGGAUCUUCAUCGAUGAGGAGCAAGCCUUCGGGGGCCGAGGGCAGGCCCGGAGCCGUGGCCGCGGGUUCCGAGAAUUCACCUUCCGUGGCCGGCCCGCUGGCGGCGGCCCCAGCAUCUGCGGUGGCGGGGGGGUCCUGGGGGCGCGGGGCGUCUACACCAACAGCCAGAGGAGCGGCCGCGGCCGGGGCCUGCACGAGUUCGGGCCGCCCGACGACUUCCCCCGCGCCAAGCCCCGGCGCCGCAUCGCCAGCGAGACGCACAGCGAGGGCUCCGAGUGCGAGGAGCUGCCCAAGCGGCGGCGGCAGAGGGGCGCGGACGGCGGCCACGACGGCUCGCUCCUGGACAGGGAGGAGGCCGCCUCCAGGAAAGGCGACUUCAGAGACUCUUGGCGGUCCCACAGGAUGUACCCCGACGACCACGGCGGUCUGGAGGCGAAGAGCAGGGGCCCGCGGGCCUUCGGACGCGCCCUCCCUCCCCGGCUGAGCAACUGCGGCUACGGGCGGAGGACCUUCGUGUCCAGAGAGGCUGCCCACUGGCAGAGCCGCGGUGCCGGCGCCUGCUGGCAGGACCACGGCUCCCCCGACGCCGGCCCCCGGCGGCCCCCCGACAGGGACUGCGUCCCCGAGGCCCCCCGGCACUCGGACAGGGGCUGCGAGGACGGCCGCCUGGAGGACAAGAGAGCCUGCUUCCCAGACGACCCCGGGGCCGAUGCCGACAGCGAGAACCGGCCCUUCCGCCGGAGGCGCCCCCCGCGCCAGGACAAGCCCCCGCGCUUCCGGCGCCUCCGGCAGGAGCGCGGGCCCGCGGGUCUGUGGGGGCCCGAGGAGGAGCCCCACCUGCUGGCCGGUCAGUGGCCAGCCAGGCCCACGCUCUGUCCCGGGGACAGGAGUGGCGCCGCGGGCCGCAGGUCCCCCGAGCUGUCCUACCAGAACUCCUCGGACCACGCCAACGAGGAGUGGGAGACGGCCUCCGAGAGCAGCGACUUCAGCGAGCGGCGUGAGCGGCGGGACGGCUCCGGGCCCGAGCCCGGCUCCCACCUGGACGGCGGGCUGCCCGGCGCCAGCCUCGGGGAGAAGAAGGAGCUGGCCAAGCGGAGCUUCUCCAGCCAGAGGCCCCUGGUGGACAGGCAGAGCCGGAAGCUGGAGCUGGGGGGGUUUGGGGAGAAGGCUGUUAGGCCAGGCGGUGGUGACACCUCUCCCCAUUAUGAGAGCCAGCAGAGUGGGACGCCUUUGAAAGCCAAAAGGACCCCGGACGAGGCCUUGCCCGGAGGUCACAGUGGCCACCACCCCCUGGAGCGGGCUGUCCACGCCACCUCGGACACCGAAGCCGCCUGUGAGGAGGCCCCCCUGGCUGCUCCAAGGGUGGGCGAGCAGGGAGAGGCCAUGCAGCAGUUUGACCUGAACUACGGAAAUUCCAUCCUCGAGAAUUGUGGGUCCAGCCCCGGGGAGGACACGGAGGUGGGCUCCAUGGUGGGUGAAGGCUUCAUCGAGAUCCUGACCAAGAAGCAGCGCCGCCUGCUGGAAGAGGAGAGGAGGAAGAAGGAGCAAGCUGUGCAGGUGCCUGUCAAAGGUCGGAGCCUUGCCUCCCGCAUUCCGCCUCGGUUUGCGAAAAAGCAGAACAACUUGGGCCUGGAGCAAGGCGAUGUGCCCGUGCCAGGCGGCAGCCUGGGCACCGAGAUCUGGGAGAGCAGUGGCCAGGCUCUGCCCGGCCAGGCCUCAACCAGUGACUCCUGGACUAAAGCUGCCACCGCCUUCAACGGCUCUGAGUCCGGCUCUGCUGAGCAGGGCUUUAAGAGCAGCCAGGGAGACAGUGGUGUGGACUUGAGCGCCGAGUCUCGAGAGUCGUCCGCGACCUCCUCGCAGCGCAGCUCGCCGUAUGGCUCUCUGAAGCCGGAGGAGAUGAGCGGGUCCACCCUGGAGCCCAAGGCUGACGGCCACAAGGAGCAGGCCCAGAAGCAGCCUGAGCAGAAGGACUCGGAACAAGGCUCUGCGCAGAGCAAGGAGCACCGGCCCGGACCCAUCGGCAACGAGCGCUCCCUCAAGAACAGGAAGGGCUCCGAGGCGGCCGAGCGCCUGCCCGGCGCCGCCGUCGCACCGGUCAACGGGGUGGAGAUCCACGUGGACUCGGUGCUCCCGGUGCCGCCCAUCGAGUUUGGAGUCGGCCCGAAGGACUCGGACUUCAGCCUGCCGCCGGGGUCCGCGCCUGGGCCCGCCGGGAACCCAGUGGUCAAGCUCCAGGACGCCCUGGCUAGCAACGCCGGGCUGACACAGAGCAUUCCCAUCCUGCGGCGAGAUCACCACAUCCAGAGGGCCAUCGGCCUCUCCCAGAUGUCCUUCCCCACAGCCGACCUCACCCUGAAGAUGGAGUCUGCGCGGAAGGCUUGGGAAAACUCGCCCAGUUUGCCGGAGCAGAGCUCUCCGGGGGGCCCGGGCGCGGGCAUCCAGCCCCCGUCCUCGGUGGGCGCCUCCAGUGGGGUCAACUACAGCUCCUUCGGUGGCGUCUCCAUGCCGCCCAUGCCCGUGGCCUCCGUGGCACCGUCUUCUCUCCCAGGCAGCCACCUGCCGCCUCUCUACCUGGACGGCCACAUGUUUGCGAGUCAGCCCCGGCUGGUUCCCCAGACGAUACCUCAGCAGCAGAGCUACCAGCAGGCUGCCGCUGCCCAGCAGAUCCCCAUUUCCCUUCACACGUCUCUGCAGGCGCCAGCCCAGCUGGGGCUGAGGGGCGGGCUCCCUGUCUCCCAGUCACAGGAGAUCUUCAGCUCCCUGCAGCCCUUCAGGUCGCAGGUGUACAUGCACCCCAGCCUGUCGCCGCCCAGCACCAUGAUCCUCUCCGGGGGCACAGCCCUGAAGCCUCCGUACUCAGCGUUCCCCGGCAUGCAGCCCUUGGAGAUGGUGAAGCCCCAGUCCGGCUCCCCCUACCAGCCCAUGAGCGGGAGCCAAGCCCUGGUGUACGAGGGCCAGCUCAGCCAGGCGGCCGGGCUGGGCGCCUCUCAGAUGCUGGACUCCCAGCUCCCCCAGCAGCUGACGAUGCCACUGCCCGGCUCCCAGCUGCCCCUGCCGCGCUACGGCUCCGGACAGCAGCCCCUGCUCCUGCCCCAGUCCAUCCAGCUGCCGCAGGGCCAGAGCCUCUCCGUGGGGGCCCCUCGCAGGAUUCUCCCGCCCGGGUCCCAGCCUUCGGUCCUCAACACCAGCAGAGAGUCCUCGCAGAUGGAGAUGAAGGGCUUCCACUUUGCCGACAGUAAACAGAAUGUUCCUUCCGGAGGCUCCGUGCAGUCACCACAGACCUACAGGCCUAGCUCUGCUAGCCCCAGUGGGAAGCCCUCUGGAUCAGCAGUUAACAUGGGCUCUGUGCAGGGACACUACGCUCACCAGGCAAAAUCACGAGUGGAUGAGAAGCCCUGCCUGGGAGCCAUGACCCUGCAGGAGGCCCCCUUGGCCGCCUCCCAGAUGAAGCGCACGGGAGCCAUCAAGCCUCGGGCAGUGAAAGUGGAGGAGAGCAAGGCCUGAGGUGCUGGCCUGGCCGCGCUGCCGUGGGCAGAGCCCCCCCUCCAUCCAACCGCCUGGCCGUCCAACCGCCUGGCCGGCUGGCAGACCCUCUCUGCUCCUGACAACUCCGACGUCUAACCAGCUUGCACCGUGGAUAUGUGGCGUUGACCUGCUUGCUUUCAUCCAAAACAGUAAACAACCCUUCCCGUCUCCUUCCCGCCCGCCGGCCGCGGCCAUGAGGAUCCAGCCGCGCGCAGUGAGGGCGGCCGGGGCAGCCCCUCGGGCAGCUCCUCUGCGGGCUCAGUGCUCCCCCUCCCGCCCCGCACGGUGGCGUGGCAGCAGGUCCUUCCUUUGAAGCUUCUUGUUUUAAAAAGCAGCUGAAGCAGCCAAGGUUUUACAGAGAAAGGAAACAAGACACAAGCAAUGUCUCUGUAGCUGAGCUUUCAUAUGGUCUUCGCCAGCCCGCCCUGAUCCCUUGUCCAGUGGUGGCGCCCCCUCCUGUUCAGUGUGAGAUGUCACUGCAAGACUCCGCUGCCUCCAUUGGUUAGCCUCUGAGGCCACAUAGGGCCUCCGGCUGCGCCCCAGGAGGCCCCGGGCAGCCCAGUGAGCUGGGUUUUACGUGAGGGUUUCUGUCCUGGAGCCUAAAGCCAGUGGACGUGCUGGCCGCUGGCCCUGAGGUGAAGCCCGGAGACACAGUCACUGGUGUGUUCCAGGUUGGCCUGUCGUGCGAGCAGGCAGCACCACAGCUCCCCACCCCCACCCACCCAACUCCCAUGUCUGCUUUAGGGCCCCGGCACCCAGGGCUGAAGCCGCCUCUCCUGCGCCUUCUUCCCGGCCUCUCCCCCCGACACCGCUGGGCGGGGCCGGCAGGUCUCCCUGCUGCUCCUUGCCUAGCAGACAGCGCAGGUGGGCGACAAGGCACCUGAGCUGAGCAGUGAGGUCAGCCUUUCCAGCGUGGGCAGGUCCAAGGGAGGCUAUUUGCAGGGCUGACCGUGGUUCUGAGAGCCUGGGCAGCCACCCAAGUCUGCAGAGCUGCCUCCGGCCAAAGGCUCACAGGAGCCAUUUUAUGCUGAGCUGAAAUCACCCCAGACCCUGUCAUCCGAGGGGGAACUUGUGGCUUUUGCACACUGAGCAGAACCUACACAGAGGGGGCAGCCAUGGUCCCAGGGAGCCUGGCUCAGCAGAGCGGAAGGUGGGCAGGUGCCACCCUGUGACCUGCAGGUGUGUGCUGGCUGCUCGGGCUGCGUCUCGGCUCUGUUCCGCGUGGGGAAAGGGGGCUCGGGCUGCUGGAAUGGCUCGUGCUGUGAUGGCUGCUUUAAGGCUGGGACAGCCGCCUGGCAGAGCCCCCAUCUCGCGCCAGGAGGGCCACUUCCUCGGACGAUGCUUUACUGCUCACGUGGUAGCUUUGCGCACCUGUCUCCAUCCUCAGACCUCACUCUCCUGGCUUCUCCACUCAUCUCCUGAACCUUCCCUCUGGUCCUGUCCUCCCUCCUGCCCUGUGCUCAUCUGCUCUCGCCCCCCAAGUGAGCUGCUGCCUGCCCCCCUCCCCGCUGCCUCAGUGCCCGGUUGCCUCCAGCACCCGGCUGCCCUGCAGGAGCCACACGCUCACUGCUGCCUGAACAUCGGGAAGCCUGCCCACCUGAGUCUGGGUCCACUGCUUGUCUAAAGCAGAAAGAGUUUGCUCGCUGUGAGAUUCCACAGAACAGUCCGGAUGCUGUUACGAACUCAAGGUGUGCCCUGGUGAUCUGACAGAGUGACAGUGCUGUGUUUGAGGAAAAAUAAAAACAAGGGUCACCUGCUCUACAGCCCUCUUCUCUGCCCUGUAUUUUCUACGCCCCCUCCCCCAAUACAACAAAACACUAGAAUUUAUUUAUAUGUAUUGUCGUAGUCUAGGUGAAGGAAGGAACUGUCCCACUGCUCUAUUUAUAGAUUCGUCUGACUCCCCCGCGCAGGAAGGCCAGGAGUUGCAUGUGACCUUCAGUGCUUUCUCCACCGCGCGUGCCCAGUACGGGCGCUUCCCACCGAGACAGUUCCAGCCGGACUCGGGCGGGGGAGGCCCGGGCCUGCCGCACCCAUCCCUUUCUUGGUCUGAUUAAAUGCAGUCUGUACUGCAGAGAUGUUUUAA